AAAAUGCCUGUCCAGGGUGUGACGGACAAGGUAGCCUUUCACCGGGACCUGCCGAUGCCCCCACUUGCCAAAAUCCAUCAUUGGCUUUUCCCUACUGUUGACGACAAGGUCUCCUACAGUGAUGCCAAACGGGAACUGAAAGAAAAGCUAAGAACUCACAGUUCCAAGACCACGGAACCCACUAGGCCUAUCCGCCCACAGACUCUGAUAGCCGACUGCGUUGCGAGAACCCCGGCGGAUAGGCCAUGCCACCACUGUAAGCGUAUGUUGGCCUGCAGUAUGUCUUCUGCACUUUCAAAUAGCACAAAUGCAGUGGUCAGGCAUUGCACAAGCUUUUUAGCUCACAGGACUACUCCAGAGCACAUAAAGCAGGAGGCCUGGAGACGGCUACAGCUACGAAGGCAAAACAGCUCGCCAAACCUGACUCUGUACCAAGGAGAGGCUGAUGGUGGUGGUUUGGUCAAGUCAAAGACUGCCGAGUCCUUCAAUGAACAGACACUGUGUCCUGGAAGAGGUUGGGAAACAGACUCUGCCAAAAAGCCAGGCGCGAAAGGCAAAUUGUACAUCCCAACAUUUGAAGAGUUUAAGAGAAUGCGCAACAAGGAGAAAAACUCUACGACAAAGGAGGACGAGGGUUCGGAAACGACUGAAUCCUUGGCCAAAAAUCAGCCAGAGCAAGACUACAAAGAUAGAAACCCUCACUGGAAAGUUAAUACAGACAUCUCCAGCCACAGGCCAGACCUAGAGAUGACGGCUGUGGAGGACAGAUCUACAUCCCUGACCAUUGAAAGCAGCGAGACAUCGGACUCACGACCCAGGACGUCAUUGAGUGAUGGUGAUGCUGACUGCUCAAACUCCACACCUUGUAGAGCAUAGCCCAUUAGACAGCAGAGCUUGCCCUUCAUAUCGGCCUGCAUCCACCGCUCCCAUUUGUUCCAGUCCUCUUCCGAGUUUCCCAUUACAGGCUCUAACCAUGCAUAGUGAGAAAGACCAGCUUGUAGUGUGUGAGCCCCAUGAUGAUGCACGUAGAUCGGGUGGAUUCCUUGGUGUGGCCGAGCACAGUCAUGCUUCUGAAGCCCACUCUUCUUGCUGUCCAUCUUUGCUUUUAGAAGCAACUGACUUGUCCGGCUACAGUGCCAAGCUGCAGAAGAUGAAGGAUGGCCUCAUAGGGUCCGCCCUGGACCUCAUCAAGAAGAGUUGUACCACUGACAGCGGUGAGCCUCCAGCCAGCGGAUCAUGUGACAUCCCGAAAACCGAUAGCAGCACGUCGGAGGGACAGAGCUGUCAAUCACUCGCCGUCUCAAUGGCAACGCCAAGCUGUGAAAACGCACCGAGCACCGAGGUGACCGCUGACCUCAAACCCAGUCUCUGCAGUCCCGGGUGUCGGAGGUCGAGCUCAGACAUGACUCAUGAAGCCGGUGACUCAGGGAAAAGCCAGCGUGGCUGCCGCCUGCGCCCGCACUUCAGUGACCCCAUGCCCACGGACGCAGUGAAGAGGAAACAGCUGGAGCUGAAGAUUGCAGCGGCGGCCCGGCAGCACGCACAGCGGCAGAGGCAGGACAAAGAGAACGGGCCCAUGUUGAUAAAAGCCAACACCACCACUUCCUGCAGCUCCAGCAAAGAGGGUACCAACUCUGCAAAGCGCUCUUAUCGGUCACGCCAUCGCUGGAGCAACAUCAGCAGCUUGAGCACCGACAGUGGCAUCGUAGGAGUCAGCGACGAGAAGGAUGAGUGUGAAGGGAGCACCAGGCUGGCCAAGCCCGGGGAGGUGGAACGGGUGGACAGCGGCAUCGGGGACGCCUUAUCUCAGAGGUGGAGAGCCAGAGUGGCGGAAGCCAGCACUUCUUUGGAGGCCUGGGAGGCCCACCGGCCGUGCAUAGACUGUGGGGAAAGCAAUUCCACCAUGGACACUGAGAGCCGGGGCAAGAGGAGAGAGACCUUGUGCGUGAAAUGCCUCACCCACCGCAUGGAGCGCAAGGAAGCCGUCCUGGAAUUCGUCAACACGGAGACAAGUUACGGGGAGGAUCUGAGGAUCAUUAAAGAGGAGUUCUACCUCCAGAUGCAGGCUGCGGGAUUACUGACUCAGGAGCAGCUGGCUGUCGUGUUCAGCAACAUACAGGAACUCAUCGACCUCAAUGAGAAGUUCCUCGAGGUCCUCCAAGAAGAGAUUGACCAAGCGUUUGACCAGGGGGACGAUGACUUGAUGACAGUCUGCAUUGGGGAGAUCUUCUUGGACUUUGUCAACAUGCUGCCGGCCUUCCAGACCUACUGCCUCCAGCAGCCAACAUCGGUGGCUACGCUCAAUGCUCUGGAAAAAGAGAAGGAGCUCUUAAGAAUAUUCCUGGAUGUGUCUCAGAAUGACAACACCGCUCUACGCGCAUGAACUUGCGCUCAUUCCUGAUGGCUCCACUGCAAAGGGUCACCAAGUACCCCCUCCUUCUGAGCCGAAUCCUGAAAAGUACCACCGAGUUCCACCCAGAUCACAGCAGCCUUUGGGAGGCCAAAAGCCGAAUCGAAUCGCACUAGAACAUAUCAACAUGAAAACCAAACAGGAGGGCAACACGUGGACCCUGAGAUCCUUCCGGAGGGAGAGCAGAAAGAACCGGGAGGUGACCAACAUCGAGAUGAGGGAGAUGGCCAUCAAGCUGGUCGGUUGGCCAAGAGAGGAGACCCGCUUUAUAAAGGAGGGACCUUUACAGUUGGCACAGCCAACGGACGGGCAGUGGGUCAAGAAAGGUUUCAAAUCUUUGAAGUUCCAGAACGUGCACGCACUGCUGAUGGUCAAUGCAAAGAGGACCUCCGACUCUGGACUGGAAGGCACCUCUUUGGAGAAAACUGUCAAAGACGCCGUUUUGGUUCUUAUUAAGGACAAAAGUAAUGGGAAGUUUGCAGUCCUCAGGGACCCCCUGAGGUUGGGACAAUGCGUGGCUUCCAUGGACCCCGACUGUGAGGACAUCUUUGAAGUCUUGGAGAUCAGGAAAGAAGGUUAUGUGUUCCGGGACAGUGACAGCCCCCGAACUCAACACUGGUUCCGGCAGAUUAAAAGCUUCUCCCAAGAACUUGGUUUGUGGCAAAGACGCCGCAACGCUCUCCCAAAUAUAAUGAUAAGCACAGUGCAAAACCGGUCCUCAAACUGA